UGUCCGAUGGGUCGAGACCAGCAUGGUGCGAUGGAGGAAUAUUUGGUUUUGGAAGAAAAAACACCGAUUUUCAACUUGAACUCUUACUGUUUAAAUGAAAUAUUUCGUCAGAUUAAAAUAAACUGUGCAUCCAAGCACAGCAGGGAUACUUUGUUUAGGUACAGUGAUCUUAUACGUUUUGCAAUUUGCUGUGAGAAAUUCAACAAGGCGUUUAGAAAAUGGAAUCCUACUCUUUAUAAGGAGCUCUGUAUUGAAAACGAAUUCCUAAAUAGCUCGCUAUGCGUAGAGAUUAAUUUCUCAAGCCUGCAUUACUACAUGCUUGUGUUGCCAGUCAAUGAAAGGAAAAUAUUCUGGACUACUUUCAUAAAUCAGAUUGAAGAUAACGAACAUCUAGAAUCGGUAAAGCUUAUCUAUGAACCAGAACGUCACUGGCCUGAAUACUCAGAAAAGUUCGAGGAGCUCAUAAAAUCGCUUAAGGACAAGACUAAACUGAGGGAGCUCCUUGUGAAAGUACACGGAUACAGCCUUGAGAUCGUGCCGCAGAUAACCCAUCUGGAAACACUACAUCUAAAUGUCCGAAUGCACGAUAGUAUCCUAGUCGAGUUGCUUAAACUGAAUCCAAACUUACGCAGACUCACACUAAAUAAUUCCAAUAUAAUUGGCAAAUUGUCGAAUAUAGUGCCCCAUUGCAAUCAAUUGGAACACCUGAGCUUUGUGAUGGAUGACGUAGAUGCAUCCACGUACGGAGAACUGGCCAAUCUGCCGCGACUCAAGUCCCUAAUCCUCUGUGGAGAGCAUCAGGAGGGAUCGCUGGUGAACCUCUUUAGUGGUUUCCAAGGACACCAGCAGAUCCAGAGCAUAUGUAUCCCAGAUACGUAUGUAAGUAAUGCAGAGGCCAUCGCCUUGGCUUCCAUUAGCUCCUUGACUUCACUCAAGUGCUGUUUGCGUGAUAAAUCAAUAUAUUCGGACCUACCUUUAAGCGGAAAACUUACUGAUAUCUACAUUCUGGGUCACCCCCCGCAAUAUGAUCCAUACAAUCCGUAUUACAAUGAGAAGGAGGAGGAUUUCCUCAAAGUGACUUAUCGGGCACAUAGGCCAUUGUGCGCAACCCAGGCGUAUUAUCGUUACUGGCAGACCAAAGAUCCAAAGCUAUUGCAAUUGGCCUUCGACGAAGAUUACUUGCAUGCACAUCGUCUCAAUUGCGUGGGCUGGUAUGAUGCCAAGGUUCUACCCGCUACAAGGCAAGCUUCAGCAGAACAAUUUUCGGUGUCCAUCGCGAGGGUUGUCCUUAAUAAGAAAGUAGCGAUUUCCGAUGCAGAACUCGCCGUACUGGCUUCCAUACCGACACUUACCACCAUCCGAUGUUCAUUCAUUCAAAUAGAGCAGAUAAUCGCCGUUAAGCUCCAGCAACUUGAUGCGAUUACAGAUACCGUUAACCGAGUGGAUAAAAUUGAAACCGAAUUUUGCAAGAUUCGAUUCAUCCAUAGCCACGAAUCUGUUACUCUCGUACUGGACUUUCUUGAGCAAUGCAUCCUGAGUUAUGGGGGAAUCUUUGCUCCUCUUGCCAAUUUGCGAAAUUUAAAACGCCUGCAGAUAAAGGGAAAAAUUAUAAGCGGAUCAUUGGUGGAGCUUUUUAAAGCCUUCAGCGCCUUAGAAAAACACACACUAGAGGAAUUAGAAACUGUAUUCCUGGACCCAGAAGAACUCAAAGAGGUGGUAAAGAUCCAGAGCUUGAGGAUACUUAAAAGUGGCUUCUUUUGUUCCAGAUAUAUUAGUGAAAUAGCGAACUUAGAUCAACUUGAGGUGCUUACCCUUAUCGUUCAUCCAGAGGGAUCUCUGAUAGAGUUGUUCCGUCUCCUGGCCUCCAAGAAGCCUCAAGUACUCAAAAGACUCGUUAUUCAGAAUACAAAACUUACUUCCGAAGAAGUUUGCCACCUUGCUAGCAUAAGAUCCUUGCAAAGCCUUCAGCUCGAUCUGCUCGAAGUAAAAUAUUGGGAACAGCAAACGAACGAUUCAAGAAGUAACGGAGCCGUAAAUUAUUGUCAAGAGUGCCGACAGCCUUUCUGUGCAUAUACAGAUGAAUUCCAAACUCAUCAAACUGACCUUCAUACAUUGAAAACUGCAGCAGAUGAAGAGGUCUUGGAUGCUCAACUUCAUUUCCUAACGGAGUUGUACCGCAACACGACUCCGACGAACUUGGCACUCUUGGCCACUAUGCCAAAGUUAGAGGAAUUAAAAAUAUAUUUUGAUUACAAUACCCAGGCUGUGGUGAACCUAUUGAACACCAUUGCCUUGCAGUACCCUCAAAAGUUAAGAACACUCGCAUUUGCAUCUCAGGAUCUUAGGAUGGUGUCCUCGUUCAAGGAUUUGCAAUCUCUCGAAUGCGUUGUUAGUCAUAUGAACGAUAUCGAGUAUAUAUCUCAGCUCAGGAAUCUUACAGACUUACAGAUAGAAAAUCCUCUUGGUAUAUCCUUGUGGGAGCUUCUCAAGGAACUGCACGUUUUGGAGAAUCUGCAGUGCUUACUUCUGGAUAAUUCUAAUCUGGAAUUCUUAGAGCUUGUUGAAGUAACAAAACUAAGUGGUCUGAAACAGUUACGACUCGGCCUGGCCAAGAAAAAGUUCAUCUUUCUGCUAAUUCAAUUGGAAAAUCUCGAAGUCUUGGAAAUCACAUCGACCCAUUACGCAGAGGAAAAUGAAAGCAACUUUCUGUACUCAUUUCUAAUUAAGUGCAAAAAUAUUAGAUCAGUAUCUCUUUAUCGCUUCUACGAUUUUCUUAAAAUGGAUUAUGUCAACGGAAUACUAAAUUAUAUAAAGCUGUAUCGAAAUCCCUACGAGCACCCGGCAUUCAAACUACGUGGAGUUUGGUCUGAUUUCAAAAGAUUCAAACAGUUGUCCUACUAUAAUGAAGAGUUCAUGGAACUGAGGCGGCAGGAUGGUAGCUAUCAAAGUAGUGAUGAAUCUGAUGGCGAGUAAUUAAAACGCAUUGAAAAUUAAUUAACUCGCUAUAUAAGCGAAUAUACUUAUCUUUUGUUAGCCACUGCAGUACUCACAUAUAUAUAAUAUAUAGUUUAGAUACAUUUCUUUUCCUUUUAUUUAAAAAAAAAGAGGGAAAUAUGCACCAAAACGUUACUAUUUUGCAAAAGUUUACAGGGACUUUCUGUGUUUCUUUUUUAUAUCUUACAUACAAAUGCACCAUACUAUUGAAACUCUACCGGAAUUUUUGUUUAUAGCCUCGUCGUUUAUCGUAAAAAGAAACUAUAAAAGACAUACCAUACAUAUGUCCUAUAAAAAGGAUAUUUUUAAGAAACUUUGCAAAAUAUAUCGCUUGAUGGCGCCACUUAUUAUUGCACCAAAUGCUUUCUCCUUUCAAUUAAAAUCCACAAAAGUUUAUCAACAAUUUUAAAUCGUUUUAAAAUAAUCAUCCGAUUUAUAAUUAUUGA